AAACAGAAACCGAAAACCCAAAACAAACCCGACGUGGUAGAUGCUUUCAAAAUAUUCGGACAAUCGGCGUUGAGGGUUAAUCGCAGUCGGACGUAGAACACGGCGUCCUUUCGAUUCGCGCUCCUUGUGAUAUCAUCCACUCCCUGUUGGGUGCGCUUUUCCUUGUCCUGCCGAGUGUGUAAAAUGCAAAUGUGCUCAGUUCGUUAACUUUCCUUCAAGGUGCUUGUGCAAUCGAUAACAAACCCUAUCCAGUAUCCAGUUGACACUAAAGUGCAAGGAUUUCCCCCUACCGCAACAUGGCCGAUCGCUUCCAGAUCUCAAAGGUGAACGGCACCGCGAACGCCGGAUACGAUGGCGAGACGGGAUCUGCUCCCGCCGAUCAGUCGGAUGCAGCCCAUCCACAUCCGCCUUCCAGCAACGAGAAUCACCUGCAGCCGAAGGCUCCGGGAGAAAGCGGGGAGAAUCGCCGGAGCUCGCGCCUGUCCUUCCGCGGAUUCGGACACUUCCUGCGGAAAUCGGACGCCGAGCGCAAAUUCAGUCUCGCCCAGCUCACAAAGGAGAGUCUGCCGCGCCUGGACAAUUACCGCAUUUCCAUGCGCAACCUGAAGCGUCCUUCCAUCGGAGAACUGCAGGGAGAGGCGGUCGAUCAGAGCAUAACUAUUCCCGAACCCGAGCCGGAAGCCUCUGGCGGACACAUCAAGCUGGGAUGGAUUGUGGGCGUCCUGAUACCAUGUCUCCUGAACAUCUGGGGCGUCAUGCUCUUCCUGCGCCUCAGCUGGGUGGUGGCCGAGUCCGGCAUCUUGCAGUCGCUGAUUAUAAUUACGAUCUCCGCGGUGGUCUGCGUCAUCACGACGCUCUCGCUGUCGGCCAUUAGCACCAACGGCGAGGUCAAGGGUGGCGGGGUCUACUUCAUCAUAUCCCGUUCGCUGGGCCCCGAGUUUGGGGCGUCGGUGGGCGUGGUGUUUGCGUUCGCCAACGCCGUUUCGGCCUCAAUGAACACCAUCGGUUUCUGCGAAUCGCUAAAUGUUUUGCUGAAGAACAACGACCUAAAGAUUAUCGACAAUGGCAUUAAUGACAUCCGAAUCGUUGGAUCACUGACUGUUUUGGUGCUCAUCCUCAUCUGCUGCGUGGGCAUGGAGUGGGAGACGAAGGCCCAAAACUUCCUGAUUGUCACUAUUGUCCUGGCCAUCUUCAACUUCCUAAUCGGGGCUGCCAUUGGACCACAGGGAAAUGAGGAAAGCAUUUCGAAGGGUUUCGUGGGAUUUUCAUGGGGUACGUUCAAGGAUAACUUUGGAUCGGACUAUCGGUAUGCGGAGGGCGUGAACCACGACUUCUUCAGCGUGUUCGCCAUCUUCUUCCCCAGCGUCACGGGAAUUCAGGCAGGUGCGAAUAUCUGCGGAGAUCUCAAGGAUGCCGGAGCAGCUAUUCCCAAGGGCACCUUCUGGUCGCUGCUCAUCUCGAUGACGUCCUACGCCCUCUUCGUCCUCUUCGCCGGCGGAGCUGCUGUGCGGGAUGCGUCCGGCAUCCCGGCCGACCUGGUCAACGGAACCAUUGUCGCCUCGGAACUGCCCUGCAUGGCCACCGGGAACUGCACCUGGGGUCUCUUCAACUCGUACGAGAUGAUGCAGGAGAUGUCGCUGUGGGGUCCGCUGAUCUACGCCGGGUGCUUUGCGGCCACGCUGAGCACGGCCCUGACCAACCUCCUGUCCGUCCCCAGAUUGGUCCAAGCCCUGGGCAUUGACCAGAUCUACCCGGGCCUGAUAUUCUUCUCCAAGCCGUACGGCAAGCACGGGGAACCGUACCGCGGCUACGUGCUCACCUUCUUCAUCACCACGGGCUUCCUGCUGAUCGGAGAGCUCAACCUGAUCGCCCCCCUGAUCUCCACCUUCUACCUGGCCUCCUACGCCCUCAUCAACUUCUGCACAUUCCACGCGGCCUUCGUGAAGCCAUUGGGAUGGCGACCCACCUUCAAGUACUACAACGCCUGGCUCAGUCUCUUCGGGUUCGCCAUGUGCGUGGCCAUUAUGUUCCUGAUUAACUACGUGGCGGCCAUCAUCACGUUCGGCAUCAUCUUCGCCCUGUACCUGGUGGUCAUGUACCGCAAGCCGGAGGCCAACUGGGGAUCCACCACCCAGGCGCAGCAGUACAAGGCUGCCUUGAUGGCCGUGCACCGCCUGCAAAACGUCUCCGAUCACGUCAAGAACUACCACCCACAGGUGCUGGUGCUCUCCGGUGAUCCAAAGACGAGGCCUCCACUGGUGGACUUUGGCUAUCUGCUAACCAAGAACAACUCCCUAAUGUUCGUGGCCAAUAUUAUUCCGGUGCGAGUGGGCUACAAGAACCGGCAGCACCUGGUUAAGGAUGGACAAAAGUACCUAGAUGCUCGCAAGAUAAAGGCGUUCUACAAUGUGAUCGAUGGGUUCAGCCUGGAGGACGGAAUAAAUGCUUUGACCAAGUCCACGGGCUUCGGUAAAAUGUCUCCUAACAUAGUGCUGGUGGGCUACAAACCGGACUGGAAUCGCUGUCGCAAGGAGGAGGUGGAAAGUUACUUUUCUAUUUUGUACAAUGCCUUCUCGCAGCGCAUGGGCGUGGCCCUGCUCCGUCUGCCCAACGGAUUGGAUUUCUCGGAGCUGAGUUCCGAGGUCACUUUGCCGGCCAAUGGAAUGGGCCACCUGCACACCGCCAAUGCCCAAGGAUUCACCAACGAGCUGAUGCCGGCGGCCAACGCCGCCUCCGAGCUGCUGCACAUCGACUCCAACCUGAACCUCGCCGGAAUGGACAGUCCCAACUCCUCAUUCACAAUGCCCCAGCCGGCGCCGAUGCCCAACAUGCAGCGCAGCUCCCGCAGCUACAAGGUAAACAACUCGGAUGAGCCGGCCGUGACCUAUCACACCAAGGGCGGAUCGGACAUUCCUCAGAACCUUCUGGAAGCCAUGACCAUAUUCACGCGCAAGCAGCCCAAGGGCACAAUCGAUGUCUUUUGGCUGUACGACGACGGAGGACUCACCAUUCUCUUGCCAUAUAUCAUCUCCAUGCGCUCCCACUGGCAGAAUUGCAAGCUGAGGGUGUUCGCCAUGUGUCACGGCAAGGAUGAGGAGCAGGAAGAAAAGAGCAUGGCCAGCUUGCUGACCAAGUUCCGCAUCAAGUACUCGGAGCUCAUCAUGCUCAAGGGCGUCUCCGAGCAGCCGCGGGCGGACACGCUGCUGAAGCACAAGCGCCUGAUCGAGCCCUUCCGCCGCGGAGCCCGCAACGAGUUCGGCAUCACGGACGAGGAACUGCAGAGCAUGGCCGAGAAGACGAAUCGCCAGCUGCGCAUCCACGAGCUGGUGGUCAAGCACUCAUCGAACGCUUCCCUGGUGGUCAUGUCCCUGCCCAUGCCGCGCAAGGAGGCCAUCUCGGCGCCGCUGUACAUGUCCUGGCUGGAGAUGCUCACUUCGGACAUGAAGUGUCCGGUGGCAUUGGCCCGCGGCAACCAGACGCCCGUGCUGACGCUCUACUCCUAGACUAGGCCUCGCUUCCAGUUCGAGUACAACUUAGUAUUAUUAGCGUUUAGGGGUUUCGCCCAGUUCCCCGUAGAAUCGAGCUCAUCCGUGGAGUUGGAGUUGUGGACUGCAACCCAAUUUACAUUGAAUUCCAGAGCCCAGACUCUAGUUCCAAGAGACUCGCACUACUUACUCUUUUAUAUGAUCGAACUCCUAAACGCUUGACGAUAGUCCAUAGUGAAGUUUUGUGUGAAAUAGUUCUUACCCGUUUUCGAAACGGAUUCGGACCGACAAGGUUCGAACAGUUGGGAGAUCUGUUUCACAUGCUUUAGUUUUAAGUUAAUUACGAACUAUUCUGGAUAAAUAAAACCAUUAAAUUACA